GGGGUACGAAUAGUCUCACCGCUGAGUCUCGGCGUGUCGUAGGAGGCGACAAAACGAGACAAAUUCUGGGAUUUCGAUAGAGAUCCCAGCUACGUUAGACAAAGCUAGCUCAUGGCUCAGUCUAAUGUGUGCUGCAAAUGUUUUAUCGGAUUGCUACUAUCGGCAUACUAAAUGGUUAGGACAGUCUCACCGCGGAGUCUCGGCGUGUAGCAAGAAGCGACAAAACGGGACAAAAUCUGGGAUUUCGAUGAAGAACCCAGAUAAUGUUGUCGUUAUUUGUACGCUUCAUUACGAGAUGAUAUAAUAUUCUGCAAGAUAAUUUAUUCGUGGACAUAACCUCUACAACCUAACCUGCAAUAAUUUGUCACUACGUUAAACAUAUUUCUUUUAAUACAUUCAGUAAUUAAGGAUGUCUCAACAUUAUGGAUUAUUUGUACCACCAAAAAGUAAACCCACUGGAACAGUACUUCAAAAAUCGUCAGUUUUUGGGGACGAUUCUGACUCAAACGAUGAAUGUGAUAAACCAACAGGACUGAAAACAGCUACCAAACGUCAGGAUAGAUUGAUACAAGAGAAAGCAAUAGAAGAGGACCCAACUGUAUACCAGUAUGACGAAAUCUACGAUGAAAUGGACAAGAAAAGAACUGAAUCAAAACUAUCUAGGAAAGAUCUGGACAAGAAACCAAGAUAUAUAAACAAACUACUCCAAAGUGCUGAAAGACGUAAGAGGGAAAAUGAAAGAAGAAUUGAAAGACAAGUACAGAAAGAGAGGGAAGCUGAAGGUGAGAUGUAUAAGGACAAAGAGUCCUUUGUUACUUCCGCUUAUCGAAAAAAGCUAGAGGAACUAAGACAACUGGAGGAACAAGAAAAAAGAGAAGAGUAUUUGGAAGGUAUUGGUGAUGUGACCAAGCAAGGAAAUUUGGAUGGUUUUUACCGGCACUUGUAUGACCAGAAGGUAUUAUUUGAAGAAAACAUAAAGGAAGAACCUAAUACAUCGAUGGACAAUGAGGAAACAAAUGUCAAGACUGAAAAGGGAAGCGACAAUGAAGAUCAAGAAGGUGCUGAAGGAGGAGAAAAGGCAGGUGAAAAGGAUCCCAAAAGCAAUAUAAAGAAAAGGAAAUAUAGAAAACGAGAUAAAUCAGAAUCAGAAGAGGAAAUAAAGGAAGAAGUGCCAGAAAAGAAAAUGCAAACACAUCUUCCCUCCAACCUGGACGCCGAUUCUGACUUCAGCAUAGACUCCAGUGACUCUGAGAACGAAGACAACAACCCAAAGACAGAAGAAGAGCCCAAGCCAAGUGAAAACACUGACAACAACUGUAAUGAUGAAGUUAAUGACAAAAAAGAAGAUGUAAAACAACCUAUUGAGAACGAACGCGAAACGAUAACCAAAGAAGAGGAGAUGAAGGAAAUUGAAGAGCCAAAAGAAAAAAAACCUAAAGUGGACAUUUGGAAGAAAAGAACUGUUGGCAACGUCUUUGAGGAAGCAGUCAAGAGAUAUUUCGAAAGGAAAGCCCAAAGGGAAGCUGGGACCUUCAGCCGUUUUUAACUGUACUCCAAAAACUGCGCAGCCUGGUACCAGACGUCUGGAUGGUGUCCGAGACACAAAAGACAUUGCUCGAAGGCAAAAACGACCCUC